CGCUCUCAACAGUAUACCAAACAAUCUCAGACGCAAUGGCAUUCAAGUUUAUCGCACUCUUCGCUCUGAUCGCCGCUGCCAGCGCCGGCAUCCUGCCCGCUGCUCAGGUCUACCAUGCUGCUCCAGCUGUGGCCACCUAUGCCGCUCCCGCUGCCGUUGUCAAGACAAUUGCACCAGUGGCCCAGCAUGUGAUCACCAAGGCUGCCGAGGAAUACGAUCCCCAUCCCCAGUACAAGUACGCCUACGAUGUCCAGGAUGCCCUCUCCGGUGACUCCAAGAGCCAGGUCGAGGAGCGUGAUGGUGAUGUGGUCCGUGGAGAGUACUCCCUGAUCGAUGCUGAUGGUUACAAGCGCACAGUCCAGUACACCGCCGAUCCCAUCAACGGUUUCAACGCUGUGGUCAACCGUGAACCCCUCAUCAAGACUGUUGCCGUUGCUCCCGUUGUGAAGACCAUUGCCCAUGCUCCCGUUGCCCACUAUGCUGCCCCUGCCGUGGCUCACUAUGCUGCCCCAACCGUGGUGAAAUCUGUGGCUCCCGUUGCUCACUACGCCGCUCCAGUGGCUCACUAUGCUGCCCCAGCUGUUGUUAAGACUGUUUCUCCAGUUGCCCACUAUGCCGCUCCAGCUGUCGCCCACUACGCUGCCCCAACUGUCGUCAAGACUGUUGCUCCAGUUGCACACUACGCUGCCCCAGCUCAUGUGGCUCACUAUGCUGCCCCAGCUGCCCACUAUGCUGCCCCAGCUGCCCACUAUGCCACCUACUCCGCACCAGCCGUUGCCUACCAUCAUUAAAGUGUUGAAUCCUUGAUUGUUUAUGUAUAGAAUCGUUGCUCAUAUAACUGUACAUUUAUUUAUUGACAUUAACAAUAAAAUAAUGCAUACAUGAAAAUUAUAA